GUAGAUCUCAAAUGCCGACACGAAGGCGGGGUGAAGCGGGGGAUCGUCGACCCCAUCGACAGCUCCUUCCAUCACAAUGUGACCCCCACGUUGCAUCCGGUACCACACAAAAUGAUUUGACGAUUGGAAUAAUAUUGAAUACGAAUGCUGAUACGCUUCAACUUUUGUGCUCUUCAGUACUGACCGAGCAUGGCGACCAUAGACGGCACAGAGCUCGCCAAACACAACAAUCGACAAUCCUGCUGGCUCGCGGUCCAUGGCGAAGUGUGGGAUGCAACAAACUUCCUCGACCAGCAUCCAGGUGGUGCAAACUUGAUUCUCAAAUUGGCUGGAAAAGAUGCCUCCGAUGAGUAUGAUCUGUUUCACAGUCCUGAGCUUGUUGAAGAGACCCUUGGAUCAAAAGCACGAAAGGGGACGGUAGACAUAUCGACCAUUCCGAAGAUGGACAAGAAGUCGGAAUCCGGAGUGAAAACUGGACAGAGCCAGCCACUGAGCUCUAUGAUCAGUGUUAAUGAUUUUGAAUUGGCGGCCGAGAAGACGAUGACACCCACCGCAUGGGCAUAUAUCUCCUCUGGAGCCGACGACGAGAUCAGCAUGAGAGAGAACGCAAAUGCCUACCGCAAAAUCUUCCUUCGUGGUCGAGUAUUGAGGAAAGUGGCAAGGGUCGACUGCAGCACUAACAUUCUCGGUUACCAUUCUGCGUUACCGAUCUACACAUCGCCCGUCGGUCUUGCCAAACUGGUGCACCCAUCGGGAGAAUGUGCCAUUGCCACGGCCGCUGGAAAAGAGGACUGUAUCCAGGUAGUCAACACUAUUUCUAGCAUGCCGAUUGAGGACAUCAUGGACGCGAGAGUAUCCAAGAACCAGGUCGUCUUUUGGCAGUUGUAUGCGGACAAGGAUCUCGAAAAGUCGAAGACGUUCGUACGACGAGUUGAGAAGGCUGGCGUGGCAGCGAUAUGGCUAACAGUUGACUCUCCUGUGGUUGGUAAUCGUGAGAGGGAUGAAAGGUCAAAGUCGGUAGUAGAUGAGAUGGAAAAAGUGGUCGAAACAACGCAAAGUGUUGGCAUUGCAAAAGCCAGCACUGGUUUUAUCAAUGCCGACUUGGACUGGGAAAUGAUUGAUUGGCUACGGAAAACCACCAAGUUGCCUAUCGUGAUCAAAGGAAUACAGUCUGUCGAGGACGCAGUUUCUGCCUUUCAUCACAAGGUCGAUGGAAUUGUUCUAUCAAAUCAUGGAGGCAGAAGUCAAGACACAGCGCAGCCUCCCCUUCUUACGCUCCUAGAGAUUGACCAAUACGCCCCAGACAUUUUGGGUAAGCAUAUGCAAGUCUUUGUUGAUGGUGGUAUCCGACGAGGUACCGACAUAAUCAAGGCCCUGGCGCUAGGAGCCACUGCAGUGGGCAUCGGAAGACCAGUCCUAUACAGCAUGUCUGGUGGCUAUGGAGAGCAUGGAGUAAGACGUAUGGUCCAGAUCCUGCGGAAUGAGUUGCAGACCAACAUGGCGUUCAUAGGAGCGAGCAACGUUGGGGAGAUUGAGCGCGGCAUGAUCAAUACCAGAAGCCUGGAAAGAAUGUUGGUAGGCUCGGUCAAGCUCUAGCUCGUCUUGAUCGGUUUUCUAGACUUAGCAGAUAGCUUGUUGCACUGAACCGGAAACUUUGACGAAACGCCUCAAGCUGUCGUACCAUACAGCCCCUUCAUGUGCUACCAAUAAGUUGAGAAAUAUGACUUCGCCCCAGCACUCGUGGCGGACCAUGAAUUCCGUAAGAAAAUUAGGCAUGGUAACAGAGCUUCGAAACGUGACUCAGAGCAGUCUAUCAUUGCGAGGACUGAUGAUUGAUCUCUCCAGAUACCGGAUCGCAGUUAUGGACCCCGAUC